AUGCCAGAGACGGUCAAGCGGCUCCUUCAAGAAGACUGGCGUCCCAAUGCGUCCAAAUAUCCAGCGCAGCGAGAGCCCGCUUACCCGCUUAUAUAUCUUCCAUCUAACAAUCUCCAGUUUUGGACCCGGCAUUUGGAUGAAUGGCACUCUAUCUCGGCAUAUAUUACCCUCUUUCUCGUCGCGUGUCAAUGGCAUCUCUAUUGGCAUAUCCGGCACCAGUUUUUCUCGAGUAACAUCAUGCUGUGCGGCAAGUUUGACAGGCGUCGCGGAGGGCAUCGCUGCAUGGCCUGCAGGAGAGCUCACAAGAAGUGUGACGGCGGUGCUGGGAAAGCUUGCUCGUACUGCACCGAGCGACUGAUGAAAUGCUCAUACUCCUCCGGGACCCAGAAGCAGGACACUCUGAGAGUGGUCCAGUUUGCCCCGCGCAAGGCUAUUGUCCUUGACAACUGGAGAUACACGACGGCCUGCUUCGAAGAAGCCUUUGGUUCCCUCUUGCAGUUUUCUGUCCUGCAGGGCGAGGAGAUGGUUGCCUUGAGCCAGAAAGAUGCGGGGAUCAGCCAGGUGGUUUCAACCAUCGGCGAAAUCUACUUGUGUCGAACAAGCGACUACCCCCGGUUUUUGGCAAGGAGAGAGGUGUUCCAAGAACUGGCAGCAAAGCAGAGAGCUGCUUGUUGUGAGCAGAUGCAGAAUCGUUCAGUGAUCUGGUCGAACGCGCCUCUGGCUUCCGCCCUUAUGCUGGUCGCGAUUGAGAUGAUGCUGUUUGGAAAUGUCGAUCCUUGCAUGCCGUGGAUGACUGAUGCCUCGGACUAUAUCGAGCGCACUACGUCGAAUAUGUCCGAUCUGCCAUCCUUUGAUAAAGAUCUCAUACGUCUUGCCCAGCUCAUUGACGUUGUCAACUCGAUUUCGAGGACCCAGAACCCUGCAGGGUUUGACUUUGUCGAUGCGAGACUCAAGACCGAGUUUCCGACAGCGAAGCUUACGUAUGGCCCAACCCCUCUGCUGAACAAGGAUGUGGACUACAUCUUAUCAGCAUUGUGGCAUUGGGCUGUUUUGCAGCAAAGAAUGAUUAUUUGGUCGGUUGACGCCCAAUUCAAUCCUGUUCUCACCGCGGAGAAGAAAAUCGAAGGGAUCGAGUUGAUUUGUGCGGCGUCUUCUUUGCAAACCAAAAUCCUUCAAUCCUAUAUGAAUCUAUCCACGAUGUCAGAGGCGCAUUACAACAUGCUGGCACCGUAUAGCUUCUGGAUUCUGAUCGGAAUAUCCCAGCAGCUUCGAAACGAACAGUGGAGUGCUCUUGAGUGCGACAUCCCAGCUCUGCCACAUGAUUGUCUACACCAAUAUGCGAUAGAUACGCUUGAUUGUAUCGGGGCAAUGGCUGGAAAAGCUGGAAUCUUGGUCGCUUCUUUCAUCUCCAUUGUAUUCACCAUGGGGCUUGAGAUGGUGAGCGACGAGGACCGAAGAAAAGCUUUCGGACUGUUGGAUAUUCAACAAGCCAGAUAUUUCGAGAUCUCUGACCAUUUCAAGUUUGUUUUGAACGAAUUAUGGAGCCUCAACCUGAGGAACCCUACUGAAUUUUACAUGUUGAAGAUGGCAAUGGGAGCCAAGGGUCUGGACUUCCGCCCGGCGAGGGGAAUUGAACACCAAUCCCCGGAAAUUGCCGAAAACUUGGUCAACCAGCAACACGCCAUGCUAGAGAAGGAACUCGAGAUCACUGAAAGUGACUUGAUGAGCCAUGUUCUCUGA